ACAUACCGACUGUGUAAAAAGUGUGUUAACCAUUAUAUCUCUCCAAAUUCUAGAAUUUUACUUAAAAAGCCAAUCUUCAAAUAUCACAAUUUUCAGUUAUAUUUAUCAAAAAUCAAAAGAAUUGUUUUCAAACAGUACGAAGGUUAUCUUCUAUUUUUGGUAUCAAAGAGAGAACCAAUAAAAAAUCGUUUUUCAUUCUACUUAGGGAUGUUAUAUUUCGUCGGCCAUUGACGAGGUGCAGGGACUGAGGGAGAGAUAAACUUAAAGAUUUUGGAAGAUUAUUUCUCGUAUUGAAAUUGGCAGUUAAUCUAAACUCUGAAUGUUGGAUGAUGUCGUUAAGUAAUGUCACGCUUGAUUAUUUAAUCGUGUGUUAUCGUGCGCUGUCCUGAAUAGUUGUUUACAUUGGAGUCGUGAAUUCCAACUCAGAAAAUGACAGUUGAACAACCGGCGCUACCACAACACAAGAUUCAUUCACAGAGGCCUAGAGAUGGUGAAAAUCUGUUGUUUGCUAAAGUGAAAGAAGUAACUGGAGUCGAUGAUGAUGUGGUAAUAAGAAGAGCAUGUGAAGCCUGCCAGGAUAGUAAUGGAAAAGUGAAAGUUGAAGAUGUUGUCACAAUGUUAUUGAAUGAUGAUUCAUUUCGCUCUAAAUCAAAGUCCAAAGUGGUUGCAUUAUCUCCCAGAGAUGAUGUUACAAAAAAUGCAGAUACUCAAACUGGACAAUCGACAAUUGAUGCACGUGGUCAACAGGGCUGUGAAAACAAGAACUCUUCCAUAAAACAGGAUGUACCAUAUGGUCCAGAGAAUAAGAACCAUGGUGUCAUUGAUUUGACUAAUGAUACUGGUGACCAGGAUGAUAUUCAGAAGGCUAUUGCUGCCAGUCUUCAGGAAUCACAGGGAAUAUUAGGAGGGCAGAUAUCCAGGGAAGAACAAGAUAUCAGCAGAGUUUUAGAACAAAGUUUAGCUGAAAGUAAGGCAGGUUCAAAGAGAAAAAGAGGAGAUAUUUGGUUUGUUGAUCCAUUGAAUCCUCAUGAAAGAAAGAGACAAGAAGGGUGUCCUGUGGGUCUAAAAAAUGUUGGGAACACUUGCUGGUUUAGUGCUGUCAUUCAGUCUCUCUUUCAUUUACGGAAAUUUCGGCAUUUGGUCUUAAACUUCAAAAUCCCAAAAGAAUUGUCUCAGGGGAACUCAACAGAAACAAGGAAUCUUCGAUUUAUGCAAGAGCUUCGAUACCUAUUUGCCCUAAUGGUUGGUUCACAGAAGAAGUAUGUAGAUCCCUCAAAGGCUGUUGAGAUAUUGAAGGAGGCUUUCUCUUCAUCGGCCUCAACAGGUGUUGGUGACAGUCAACAGGAUGUGAGUGAAUUCCAACACAAAUUAUUGGAGUGGUUAGAGGAUGCUUUCAAGUCUCACCCCUCUAGAUCUCCUUCCCCUACACCUUGUGGAAGCAAUGACAUGGAAGAAUACAGGGAAAUCAAGAAUCCAAUGUGUGAGCUGUUCUAUGGACAGUACAGAGCAGAGGGUAUUAAUGAAGGAAAAAGAUUUAGCAAUGAAGAGAAUUUUGGUCAGUUUCCAUUACAAGUGAAUGGUUUUCGUGAUAUUCAUGAAAGCUUGGAAGCAGCUACAGCACAAGGUGAAAUCGAGACUAUAAACAGGGAUGCCACUCAAAAAUCAGGACAAGAGCUAUGGUUUACAAGACUCCCUCCAGUGUUGACAUUUGAAUUAUCUCGUUUCCAAUUUAAUCAGCAACUUGGAAGACCAGAAAAAAUACAUAAUAAGAUAGAAUUUCCCCAUGUGAUAUAUAUGGAUAGGUAUUUAGACUGUAAUAAUCAUGACACACGCCAACGAAGAGAACAAGUUAAGAAGCUGAUGGAGGAGCUUGUAGUUUUGUAUUCCAAAUUAGACAAAUUUAAUCAUUAUGGAUCCGGCAGUAAAAAGGUCCCUUUACAAGAUGUGCUUUCUUAUGCUUUGGAAUUUGCUCAAAGCAAACCUAAUUCAAACUCUUCACAAGAUGUAGAAAUGGAAUCUCCUAAAGCAUCUUGCAGUACAGUUUCUGAAACUGAGAAGCAAGAAUGUAGUUCUGACAUGGGAGCUGAUGUCUUGCCUUGUUCGAUGUCCACAGACAUCACUAUGACUACCAUUCCUUCCACACCUGUCAAAGGUUACAAAGAGGUGGAUUACAUCUGUAACCCAUCUCCGCGCCAUGUCAGUGAGAAUGAAUUAAAUGUUCUUCAACACUGUCUUCAUCGAUGGAGAACGGAAGUGGAACAAGAUGUUAGGGAGUUACAAGAGAAGAUUAAUAAAUUAGAAAUUACUAAAAACAGUAUGUACUCAGAUGAGGCAAUGAAAAAGUGUCCUUAUCAUUUACACGCUGUGUUAGUACAUGAAGGCCAGGCUGCCUCAGGCCACUACUGGGCCUACAUAUAUGACUCCAUUAACAAAGAGUGGCUGAAAUUUAAUGACAUCGCCGUGACCAGUGCAUCGUGGGAUGAUUUGGUGAAGGAGAGUGUGGGAGGAUAUCACAACGCCAGUGCUUACUGUCUGAUGUAUGUUGGACAGUCACAUGUGGAAUCUAAUUCUCAAACAGACAUGCCUCCUCAGUCUGAUAUUGAAAACCUUCCAGAUGAUUUGAAGGAAAUUGUGAUAGAUGACAAUAAAAGAUUUGCACAAGAAAUAGUAGACUGGGAUGAGGCACAGUCUAGGAAUACUAUUUCACCUAGUGGAGGAUCCAUUAGUAGUGGAGGAGGAGAUGGAGAUGUCAAACAAGAGAGAACAUCAGCCAAAAGUUUGUUGAGUCAAACAGCAAGUACACAGACCCCAAUUGUGGUCAAAUCAAAUCUUCCAGUUCAGCAUGCAGAGAUGAUGGUUGAGGAAACGUUGCAACAAUUUUGUCUUGUAACAAAAAGUGAAACAUACGCAAAUAUGGAGCCAGAGACUGUUCUUAAACUGGCUAUCCAAUCUGAGCUGAAACACAUGGAUCAAAUUUUCCAAACCUUCUGCCAAAAAGUCCCUUGUGAAGACCCCCGCUUGAUGUAUCCUGUUGUCUACCUUAAAUGUUGUAUGGCUCCAGCCAGAGUGAUUGACAGAUUUCUACAUGAACAAUUUUCUUACUGUCCUCUGGAGGAUGAUACGAGCAUGAUCAGAGCAAAAGAAGUAAAAAGAGCUGCCAUCAAAAGACUGGAAUUACAACUGCAAGUACGCGAUGGUGAUAUGCUGGAAAAAAUGACGCAGACUUGGCAUGACAAAUACAACCAGUUCAGAAAAAUUGCGUUUUUCUUUGUGAGGGGACUACAGCUCUUUCAUAAUGAGAGGUAUGAAGACGCUUUGUUGUAUCUAGUCCAUUGUUACUCAUUAAACAGUAAUUUGGUAGAUAAAAAUAAUGAAAACUGGGGCUUACAGAAGAAAUUAGUCAAUUUCUACAGGAGGCAAUGUUUAUUGCACCUGAAUGAUAUAGCCACAAGCCAGUUUGAAACACAAGAUGACAUUCGAGAUUGCUUGAAGUUAAUGAAUGAUUUUGUGGUUCCCUGUCUUCCAUUGCUGUUAUCAUCAUGUUACCAAGAUGAUGUUCAUGCUGGAGAAGAAAUGAGAGAAAAAUGGUGCUCCUUUUUAGGGCAGGAGAUCUGUGAUGAAAAGAUAGAAAAAUUGCAAGAUUUGAUGUCCAAAUUGUUUGAUCCUCCUUCUGAGAGUAAGAGUGCACAAAUUGCUGCUGUAACAACAAAAGACUUGAAGGAAUUGUACAGAGACUAUCUAGAUGUCAUGAACAUAGCAUUUACUUCUGGUUAUGUGGAAAGGGCAGCCAACAGCAACUGAGAGGAGCUGGCAUCAUUUCUUUCCAUAAUGCUAUGUGUACUAAUCUCCUUUUACAUCCAAAUCUUUGCUGCUAUAAUGAGUAAAAAGGAAGGAAAUAAAACCAAAGAUUGAUAGCAAAUGACAAAUAUUAUCCACAGCAUCCAGAACAUGGCUGCCUUGGCUGAAGAAUGUUGGCAUGUCCAUUCUCCAAAUAUUAGCUCAGUGCAAAUGUUCCUGUAGAUGUCUACAAGAAGUAUUCUUAUGUUUGGGAAACAACAAAUUCUACAGAGCAUUUGACUGGAUAGCUGUUAGCAAGAUUUUCAGAUUUUGACUGAAUAAGAAUCAGUUGGUGCAAGAAAAUGGCUUUUCACUUGGUGCAUAAAAUGAAGUAGGAUUACAAGGUGUUAAUCUCUUCACAACAGAAAGAUCUGAGAGAGUUGAUAAAGAUCAUUUAAUGAGAUGUGAUAAAUUCUAAGUGUUCAUUCAUAUUCAUUUAUACAGGAGAUGUAAUACUUCUCCUUUUUUUCCACUUUUUUGGUUUAGUGAACAGAUCAUAAUGUCAUCAGCACAAGUUGUAGAUGUACAUGUUAGUCACAUAUACCUUAUAAUUUAUUUCAUAAUUAUGAAGUUGAAAAAACUGUAAAUAAAGAGUACUUUUGAUACAGUUUGUACAGUGUACAGAUUUUGAUUUGUUAUAUCUGCCAUUAAGUACAAUAUUUACACAUUAUUUCACGAGUUGUUCUUGAAUUUGAAUAAAUCUUAAAUCCCAGUU